AUGGCCUCUGUCAGACCUAGUCUAGCUAUCCUUGCACCUAUUCCAGGUAAAAUAUUCAAAUUAAAACAGAGAACUCUAAUGCAAGGCAGUGGUGCUCAGAUCCAAGAAGAACUUACUAACUGUGUAAAAGGAAACAGUGAGCACAAUGCGCUCAGCAGCCAAAAAAUAAACUUUGGAACAUAUGAUAAUUACAUUCCAGUCAGUGAAUUAAGCAAAAAAUCAUGGAAUCAGCAACACUUUGCCCUUGUAUUUCCAAAACCACCCCGGCCAGGAAGGAAAAGGAGAUCAAUACCUUCCAAAUUGCAAGAAAAUACAGUUAGUAAACGUGAUGAAGAAAAAUUAAAGGAAAGUAAAAGAAGACCAUUAUGGAUGCACCGUUCUUUAAUGAGUAUUUCCGAGAGACCCUCUGUUUAUUUAGCUGCCAGGAGGCGGCCCCCAUCCAAACCAGCUUAUACCCACAAGUUUUCGAAAGACGCAGAUGCAGAGAAACAGUUACCUCCAGAAACAGGUAAGAAAGGUAAAGAAGACAAGAAAGCAGACAAAAAGGACAAAUCAGAUUCAGAAGCAGAAUCAAAAAAAGAUAAGAAAGAGUUAAAGAAAGGUUCUGGAGAUGAAAAAGAUGUCGUAAAAACAGAUGCCAAAAAAGGUAAAAAGGAUGCAAAGAAGGGCAAGGGUUCAAGUACAGACACCGAAAGUGAAAAAGGAGAUGUAAAGAAAGAUGCCAAAAAAGAUAAGAAAGAUUCAAAGAAGGGCAAAGAUUCAGCUACACCAGCUGUACCUGAAACAGACGAUGUAAAGAAAGAUUCCCAGAAAGAUAAGAAAGAUUCAAAGAAGGGCAAGGAUUCAGCUACACCGCCUGAAACUGGAAAAGGAGAUGCAAAGAAGGAUGGGAAAAAGGAUAAAAAAGAUGCAAAAAAGACGGAUGAGAAAGAUGAUCAAUCAAAGGACAGUGACAAGAAAGAUGCAAAGAAAGAUUUAAAGAAGAAAGAUAGUAAAAAAGACCAGAAAGAGGAACAGAAGCCCACUGAGACAGACAGUGAAUCAAAGGUUGAUUCCAAGAAAGCUUCCCCAAAAGAUGCCAAGAAAGAUGCCAAGAAAGAUGCCAAGAAAGAUGCCAAGAAAGAUGCUAAGAAAGAUGCUAAGAAAGAUGCUAAGAAAGACACUGACACAGAAUCUGCUGAUUCAAAGAAGAAUGCAAAGAAGGAUGCAAAGAAGAGUGAUGCUAAGAGUGCAAAGAAGGGCAAGUAG